UUGUGUUUUUGUCCCGUGACUCGUGAUCGUGGUCGUGAGCGAUCAAAACAGAACAUGGCGCUGUCGCUGUGAUUUGGUGGAAGUUCAGCGGUCAGAUAAUCAUUUUCCUGGUAGGGCCGGCAAUAUCAGAUUCUUUUCGUCGAUGCAGGAUGCAUUAAUCACUGAAGAGCGAUCUACCAUGGCCGAGGAUCCGAGCGUUGUCACUUUCAGCGACGAGGACGACGAGGUGGAAAACGGAAUUCACAGCCCUCCCGAGCUGCAGGGCGUCCUCAACAAGUGGACAAACUUCUUUCACGGUUGGCAAACGCGCUUCAUUGUUCUGCGGGACGGGACACUAUCCUACUACAAGUCAGAGCAGGACACCAACUUUGGUUGCCGCGGUGCCAUCAGCUUGUUCAAGGCUACAAUUAAGCCUCACGAAUUCGACGAGUGCCGCUUUGACGUGUCUGUGAAUGAUUGCGUGUGGUACCUACGCGCUGAGAAUUUAGAAGAGAAAAAUCACUGGGUCCAAACCUUGGAGACGUGUAAAGCUGAGUGUGCCUAUGGAAGUGAAAACAGUCUCCGACGUCAUGGAAGUGCUAUUUCCCUGGCGUCCAAUACUUUUUCGACUGCGUCAGCGUCCAGUUUCAAAAAAGGCAGAGGAUUGAAAGAAAAACUUGCAGAAAUCGAAACUUUUAGGGAUAUCCUCUGCAGGCAAAUAGAAACUCUCCAAGGCUAUUAUGAUAACUGCGCAGAAACAUAUGCUGCUGUGAAAAUUCUUGAAAAUGGAACUGUUGGUGGUAAAAACGGUGAUGAUAUUAAUGCUUCUGAAGAACCCGAGCACGCCUUGCUGCAACUGCUGCAUAGCCAGGGUUUGCAAGCCCCUGAUUUCAAAGGAGAAGCACUCACCUUCAAAGCCACCACGUCUGGUGUUCUUGCCACCCUAGCACACUGUCUGGAACUAGUGAACCAGAGGGAAGAGGGUUGGCGGAAGCGCCUUGAACGAGAGACUGAGAGGCGGAAACGUCUUGAGGAACUUUACAAACACGCAAAGGUCGAGGCAGAGAAGAAGCAGAAGGUUGUGGUUCGCGGAGGACCUGACUUUGAGGAAGGGCCUCACAGUGCUCUGAACGAUGACGAAUUCUACGACGCGGUCGAGUCUGGCCUGGACAAAAUUGACGAGGAGAUUGAGUUCCGAGAGCGUCUCAAAUUAAGCAGACGGCCACCCAGUUCAAAAGCCACAGAGCAUAAGCUUUGGCCAGAGAUUGAUCGAGUUUGCUUGGAGCAACUGCACUAUGCAAGACUGAACCUAGGAGAAGGUGGCUGGCAGCUGUUUGCUGAGGAUGGAGAAAUGCGGAUGUACAAACGUGAAGAGGAGGUCGGUGGAAUGGUCGUCGACCCUCUCAAAGCUGUCCACAUAGUAAAGGGUGUCACUGGGCACGAGAUGUGCCAUUACUUCUUUAGUGCAGAUGUUCGGAUGGACUGGGAGACCACUGUGGAGCAGAUGACAGUGUUGGAAUCGAUAGCAGAGGAUACUCAAGUCUUCCUGCAGAUUCAUAAAAGAGUCUGGCCAGCAGCGCAGCGUGACUCGCUCUUCUGGUCGCACAUACGCAAAGUGCCUAACAUCCGUGAUGAAGAUGGACAAGACUUCUGGAUUGUUUGCAACCAUUCAACAGAGCAUCAAGAUUUCCCAGUGAGUGUUGCAAAUUCUGGGAAGUGUGUCAGACUUUUCCUCACAGUUUGCCUCGUCUGCCAGACAUUCAUUGACCCUCCCAAGGAUGGGACAGAUAUAACCAGGGAUAAUUUGACGUGUAAAAUAACUUAUUGCUCUGUUGUAAAUCCUGGUGGCUGGGCACCUGCGUCUGUGUUAAGAGCAGUCUACAAGCGCGAAUAUCCCAAGUUCCUUAAACGUUUCACGCAAUAUGUUAUUGAUCAAUGUGCGGAUAAGCCAAUCAUGUUUUAAGUCUACCAUAUUUUUUGUACCAAGAGUAUGUUCUACAACAAUAGUCAUCUUCACGGC